AUGCCGAGAAAUCGAAUUCUGGCACAUCGCCAGUCAUUUCAAGAGCACAGAUAUCCCAGUGACCUCUUCAUUGAGGAACACUACGGGCCACAUGAAGACCCGGCGCUGUCUUCUGAGCGGAUACAACAGAGCACCAAGAAACCCAAGACCAAAAAGAGAAACCUCAUCGCGCGAUUAGCUUUGCAUAGACGCUCAUCGAAGCGGAAGACGAUCCCGGAACAGCUCAUCGCUGGCGCGGAGUACAACAAAACAGAUUAUCGUGAACGAUGGCCAACUGUUACUACUCUUGUGACACAGUCAGACCCAAGAUACUUGGAAGACAUUGAUGAGGAGUUUGAGGAAGAGGGACACGCUCGACGCCGCUCAGUAAAGGCCAAAGCUCUGGAAGCUGUGGCAACUCCGCUCGAUUGGCUGACCGAUCGGCUUGGGAGUGUUUCCGAACACUUGGGUCGCCAGAUUAAGGUUGCUGAUGGUCGAGGGCAAGGGAAACCAGUGUCAACUUCAACACAAAGAAGCACAGCAAAGCCGGGCAGGAGUACACAUCCAUACGAUACUGGAGUGGUCACGUCAGCGGAAGCGAUUCCAAAAGAAUGCCCGACGGCUCCGGCUCAGACACAAAUUACAGAAGAUACUGGGAUGACGAAAAGAGACGACCUACUGAGAGCCAAGGAGAGCCUUAUCAUUCCCACCAAGCAGCGACUUCGCCGACUCAGCGAGAGAUCUGCAACAUCAGAAAGAGCACACCAGAAGAGGCUUUUGGAGCACGGCCAAGCUAUCGCCAAUUCUGCCAACCAAAGAUCAGCCACACAAGGGCGUCACUAUCUGCAAUUGUCUUCGGAGGCAGUUGAAGGGCCAAUGCUCCUGGAAGAGCGAAAGAAGUGGUAG